GAAGAAAUGGAACAACUAGCAAAACUCCUUCUGUGGCAGAUUUUGCUUCAGCAAAGUUCUGUUUGUUUAUAUUCAGUCCCAGCUGAUGCCUCAAACCCAGACAGCGUUGUAGUGUCAGUGUUAAAUAUCAGUGCUACGUCGGGGUCACAGGCUGUCCUGCCCUGCAAGAGUUACCGCAUAGUGUGGACCCAGGAUCGUCUGAAUGACCGCCAGCGUGUAGUCCACUGGGAUGUGUACAGCAACUACUAUGGAGAUAACAGGACGGAGAGGCUAUGUGACAUGUACUCAGCCGGAGAUCAGCGCGUAUACAGCUCCUACAACCAAGGGAGGAUAUUCAUGUCCCAGAAUGCAUUUAUUGAUGGCAACUUCUCCUUGGUGAUCAAAGAUGUUGCAGAGAGUGAUGAAGGCACAUAUUCCUGUAGUCUUCACCACCACUACUGCCACUUAUACGAAACUGUGAAAGUCCGACUAGCUAUCACCAAGAAAGCUGAGGAUGCAAAACAGUACUGGGAUGGGGAAAAGCCUGUGAUUGUUGCCCUAGAAGGCAGCAUAGUGGUGCUCCCCUGUGUGAACCGUAAGCACAUCUGGACCGAACGGCACAGUGAAGAGGCACAACAAGUGGUCCACUGGGACAGGCAGCCCCCAGGGGUUCCUCAUGACCGGGCUGACCGCCUCAUUGAUCUGUAUGCCUCUGGUGAGCGCCGUUCUUAUGGACCUCUCUUCAUUCGUCAGAAGAUGAACAUCACUGAUGCAGCCUUUGCCCUGGGUGACUUUUCCCUGCGGAUUUCGGAGCUGGAAAGUGCAGAUGAAGGCACUUACUCGUGCCACCUGCACCAUCACUACUGUGGCCUGCACGAGCGCAGGAUCUACCAAGUCUUUGUGACUGAGCCAGUGAGGGAGAAGAAGGUGGUGAACCUCACAACUUACAACAUUGCUCCAGCCAUAGAUCCGAAUGUUGUCAGGGGCCACAAUGUGAUAAAUGUCAUCAUCCCUGAGAGCCGGAUGCACUUCUUCCAGCAGCUGGGCUACAUCCUGGCAACUCUGCUGCUCUUCGUCGUCCUCCUCAUCAUUGUUGUCCUCGUCACCCGCAAGCGCCGGCAGAGGGGUUAUGAAUACAAUGUGAAGAAAUACGGAGAGAAGGAUGUAAAUCUUAAAGAAUUUACAGUCGACACAACAGAUCUGACUCAAUACAAAAGUGAAGACAUCAGGCUGGAUUACAAAAACAACAUCCUGAAGGAGAAGGCUGAGCAAGCCAGAAGCUUCCCAGCAAAGAACAUUGAUUUAGACAGAGAUUUCAGGAAGGAAUAUUGUAAAUGA